CUGCAAAACACAUCUGAUUCUGACUGAUUCUGAUUCUCUUUGUUUGGAUGAAACUGUAGCUCCCCCAGCUGAUAUACCUCUGGUACAAAGGAAAGGUGAAUUUCUGCCACCGUUUGAAAAAGUUGCAGAGAUCAUGCAAGCUGCCAGAGAUGAAGCUGCUGCUGCUGCAGCACAGUUAAAGACUGAGGAGGAGGCCGAAGUUCCCACUGAAGCCACCAGUGAAGAAGAUGUGACCGAGGCAGAGGAAGAUGAUGUGAAACAUGUUGACGCCGAGGAGGCUGAACGUGAGCCAUCACUGGAAGAUGAAGAAAAGGAGACUGAUACUGAGGAAGAGGAAAUUAAAACAGAGGAGGGUACAGCACAGCAGGAGGAGGAGGUAAAAGAAGAUAAGGAAAGCCUUGGUACAGAAGAGGAGGAGGAAUUAAAACAAAAGGAUGACGAAGAAGAACAGGAAGAGGGAGAUAUUAAACCAGAUACUGAAGAAGAGGAGACCAAAGCUGAAGAAGUUUUGGUUGAAAGGGACGAGGAGGAAACAACAACAGAAGAAGAUGCUGUAAAAGAGAAGGAGGAGGAAGGGGAGGCCACAAUGGAAGAUUUGGUAGAGGAGGAGGAGACCAAAGCUGAAGAAGCGUUGGUGGAAGAUGGGGAGGAAGAGGAGGAGACAAAAACUGAAGGGGACACAGUAGAAGAUGCUGAUGAGGAUGAGGAGGAGGAGGAGGAGGAGGAGGAGGAGGAGACCAAAACUGAAGGGGACGCAGUAGCAGAUGAGGAGGAGGAGGAGACAAAAACUGAAGGGGACACAGUAGAAGAUGAGGAGGAGGAGGAGACAAAAACUGAAGGGGACACAGUAGCAGAUGAGGAGGAGGAGGAGGAGACAAAAACUGAAGAAGAAGCAGUAGAAGAGGAGGAGGAGGAGACAAAAUCAGAACUUGUGGUGGAAGAGGAAGAGGAGAUCCAAACUGAAGAAGAUUUGGUGGGAGCUAAGGAGGAGGAAGAGGAGGAGCCAAAAACUGAACAAGUUCUGGUAGAAGAUAAAGAGGAGGAGACAAAAACAGAAGAAGAGGCUGAGGAGGAGGAGACUGAAGAUGAAGAUCUUCAUGUUGAUGAAGAAAACAUUGGAAUAACUGACACUGACGUCAAAGAUCAGUUUGUUAAAACUGACCAGGACGAUCAAACUUUAGAUCUGGACGAUGAUGAGACUCCAGAAGAGGAGGAGGAAGGAGAAAAACGGGACAAAGUUGAGACGACAGAGGUGGAUGAUGACGAUGACAAUGAAGAUGAAGAGCCACCUGUCCAACAACUUGAUGUAAAAAUUCUGUCAGCUGAAAAACCUGAUAAUGCCAGUGUAGUGCCUGAACCUGACGAUGAGGAAGACGAAGAAACAAGUAUUCCCGAAGAUGACGAAUACUCCGACAUCAUCGUUGAUCAUGAUGAAAACAACAACAACAGUCAAAGCGGGAAAACUGAACACAAACGAAAGCGGAAGUUUCGUAUUCCCUUUGAGAAGCUCAGGAGAGUCGGAUCCAGAGCUCACAGAGAACACCUUGGCGAGCACGAGAAAGUUCUCAAAGAGGCAAAGGAAAGACAUGCAAUAAAAGAAGUUAAAGAUGCCAUUAUUAAAGAACUAAAAGAAGAAAAAGUAAAGGAGGAGGCCAAACCCCUGGAGAAGAAACCGCCAAAGCCCAAAGAAGAAGAGCCUAUAAAGAAGGAAGAGCCAAAGAAACCAACCAAAGAAGAGAAAGAAGUCAAGAUAACACUCAAAGAGGAGGAAAAAGUCAAGAAACCUCUCAAAGAAAAGAAGGAAAUCAAGAAACCUGUCACAAAAGAGAAAGAAGUCAAGAAACUUGUCAAAAAAGAGAGGGAAGUCAAGAAACCUCUCAAAGAAGAGAAAGAAGUCAAGAAACCACCCAAAGAGGAGAGAGAAGUCAAGAAACCUCUUAAAGAAAAGAGGGAAGUCAAGAAACCAAUUAAAGAGGAGAAAGAAGUCAAGAAACCUCUCAAAGAAGAGAAAGAAGUCAAGAAACCACCCAAAGAAGAGAGAGAAGUUAAGAAACCUCUUAAAGAAAAGAGGGAAGUCAAGAAACCUCUCAAAGAAGAGAAAGAAGUCAAAAAACCUGUAAAAGAAGUGAGGAAAGUCAAGAAACCUCUCAAGGAAGAGAAAGAAGUCAAGAAACCUCUUAAAGAAAAGAGGGAAGUCAAGAAACCUUUCAAAGAAGAGAGAGAAGUCAAGAAACCUCUCAAAGAAGAGAAAGAAGUCAAGAAACCUGUAAAAGAAGAGAGGGAAGUCAAGAAGCCUCUCAAAGAAGAGAAAGAAGUCAAGAAACCUCUGAAAGAAAGGAGAGAAGUCAAGAAACCUCUCAAAGAAGAGAAAGAAGUCAAGAAACCUCUCAAAGAACAGAGAGAAGUCAAGAAACCUCUCAAAGAACAGAAAGAAGUCAAGAAACCAACCAAAGAAGAGAGAGAAGUCAAGAAACCUGUCAAAGAAGAAAAAGAAGUCAAGAAGCCUCUCAAAGAAGAGAAAGAAGUCAAGAAGCCUCUCAAAGAAGAGAAAGAAAUCAAGAAACCUCUCAAAGAAGAGAGAGAAGUCAAGAAGCUUCUGAAAGAGAGGAGAGAAGUCAAGAAACCUCUCAAAGAAGAGAAAGAAGUCAAAAAACCACCUAAAGAGGAGAAAGAAGUCAAAAAACCUCUCAAAGAAGAGAAAGAAGUCAAGAAACCACCUAAAGAGGAGAAAGAAGUCAAGAAGCCUCUUAAAGAAGAGAAAGUAACAAAGCCUGUAAAAGAAGAACCAGAAAAGAUCUCCAAAGAGAAGAAACAACCAGUCAAGCCUUCUAAAGUGGUGAAAGAGGAGGGAAAGCAAGAGAGGCGUUCCAAAGAAAGGGCAGUACCAAAGAAGCCCUCCAAAGAAAAGCAAGAACCAGAGAAACCUUCCAAAGAAAAGAAAGAGGUCAAGGUGAUUCCCAAAGAAGAAAAAGAACCAAAGACGAUCUCCAAGAAAGAACCAACAAAACCCUCUAAAGAAGAGAAAGAAAUCAAGAAGACUCAAAAAGACAAAGAGCCUGUCAAGAAAAGGGAUACUACGACAGAUGCUGCACCCAAAAAGGCUGCAAGGAGGGUGAGAGUAGUCAAGAAGAAGGUUGCGCCUGUCCUGAAGAGGGAACAUCUGAAUGUUACAAAAGCAGCUGAGGUUCUCAAAAAGAGGAGGGCCGAGCCAGUGUCUCCCAAAAAAGAAGCUGAGGUUCCUAAGGAGAAGGCCAAGAAGGCUGAGCCAGUGACUCCCAAAAAAGAAGCUGAGGUUCCUAAGGAGAAGAAGGCCGAGCCAGUGACUCCCAAAAAAGCACCUGUUAUCAAAGCAAAACCUAAAGCUGCUGUAAAGAAGAAAGAAGCUGAGGUUCUCAAGGAGAAGAAGGCUGAGCCAGUGACUCCCAAAAAAGAGGCUCCUGCAGUUCCUAAGGUGAAAGCCAAACCAGAACCUGCAAAGAAAGCAGUGGCAGCUCCCAAGGAGCCCAAGAAGGAACCAAAGGAAAAAGUCAAAGCUGAACCUGUAAAAGCAGACGCUGCACCCAAAAAGGCUGCAAGGAGGGUUAGAGUAGUCAAGAAGAAGGUUGUGUCUGUCCUGAAGAAGGAACAUCUUAAUGUUACAAAAGCAGAGGCUCCUGCAGUUCCUAAGGUGAAAGCCAAACCAGAACCUGCAAAGAAAGAGGCUCCUGCAGUUCCUAAGGUGAAAGCCAAACCAGAACCUGCAAAGAAAGCAGUGGCAGCUCCCAAGGAGCCCAAGAAGGAACCAAAGGAAAAAGUCAAAGCUGAACCUUUAAAAGCAGACGCUGCACCCAAAAAGGCUGCAAGGAGGGUUAGAGUAGUCAAGAAGAAGGUUGUGUCUGUCCUGAAGAAGGAACAUCUUAAUGUGACAAAAGCAGAGGCUCCUGCAGUUCCUAAGGUGAAAGCCAAACCAGAACCUGCAAAGAAAGCAGUGGCAGCUCCCAAGGAGCCCAAGAAGGAACCAAAGGAAAAAGUCAAAGCUGAACCUUUAAAAGCAGCUGAAGAACCCAAGAAGGCAGUUAAGGUGAAAGCUGUAAAAAAGCACAAGGAACAUGUGAAUGUUACUAAAGCAGAGCCUGUAACUCCAAAAGAAAAAGUCAAACCAGCACCAACAAAAAAAGAAGCUGAGGUUCCUAAGGAGAAGAAGGCCGAGCCAGUGACUCCCAAAAAAGCACCUGUUAUCAAAGCAAAACCUAAAGCUGCUGUAAAGAAGAAAGAAGCUGAGGUUCUCAAGGAGAAGAAGGCUGAGCCAGUGACUCCCAAAAAAGCACCUGUUAUCAAAGCAAAACCUAAAGCUGCUGUAAAGAAGAAAGAAGCUGAGGUUCCUAAGGAGAAGAAGGCCGAGCCAGUGACUCCCAAAAAAGAAGCUGAGGUUCCUAAGGAGAAGAAGGCCGAGCCAGUGACUCCACCAAAAGAGGCUCCUGCAGUUCCUACGGUGAAAGCCAAACCAGAACCUGCAAAGAAAGCAGUGGCAGCUCCCAAGGAGCCCAAGAAGGAACCAAAGGAAAAAGUCACAGCUGAACCUUUAAAAGCAGCAGUGGCAGCUCCCAAGGAGCCCAAGAAGGAACCAAAGGAAAAAGUCAAAGCUGAACCUUUAAAAGCAGACGCUGCACCCAAAAAGGCUGCAAGGAGGGUUAGAGUAGUCAAGAAGAAGGUUGUGUCUGUCCUGAAGAAGGAACAUCUUAAUGUUACAAAAGCAGAGGCUCCUGCAGUUCCUAAGGUGAAAGCCAAACCAGAACCUGCAAAGAAAGAGCCUGUAACUCCAAAAGAGAAAGUCAAACCUGCACCAACAAUAAAAGAAGCUGAGGUUCCUAAGGAGAAGAAGGCCGAGCCAGUGACUCCACCAAAAGAGGCUCCUGCAGUUCCUGAGGUGAAAGCCAAACCAGAACCUGCAAAGAAAGCAGUGGCAGCUCCCAAGGAGCCCAAGAAGGAACCAAAGGAAAAAGUCAAAGCUGAACCUGUAAAAGCAGCAGUGGCAGCUCCCAAGGAGCCCAAGAAGGAACCAAAGGAAAAAGUCAAAGCUGAACCUUUAAAAGCAGACGCUGCACCCAAAAAGGCUGCAAGGAGGGUUAGAGUAGUCAAGAAGAAGGUUGUGUCUGUCCUGAAGAAGGAACAUCUUAAUGUUACAAAAGCAGAGGCUCCUGCAGUUCCUAAGGUGAAAGCCAAACCAGAACCUGUAAAGAAAGAGGCUCCUGCAGUUCCUACGGUGAAAGCCAAACCAGAACCUGCAAAGAAAGAGGCUCCUGCAGUUCCUAAGGUGAAAGCCAAACCAGAACCUGCAAAGAAAGCAGUGGCAGCUCCCAAGGAGCCCAAGAAGGAACCAAAGGAAAAAGUCAAAGCUGAACCUUUAAAAGCAGAAGCGCCAAAGGAAAAGGCCAAAGCAGCUCCUGCUAAGAAAGAAGUUGUUGCUCCUAAAGAAAAGGCCAAACCUGCCGUCUUGAAAAAAGAACAAGAGGCCAGAAAUGCCACUCUGGUGAAACACAGAUUCAAAAUAGUGCCCAUGAAAAAAGAAGUCAAGCCGCCAAAGGAGAAAGUCAAACCAGUCGCUGCAAAGAAAGCCGAGAAGCCCAAACCAGCCAAAACAAAGAAAGAAGCUGCUCCAGUCAAGACAAAACCAGCCCCAGUAGUCAAAGAGGCAGAAGUACCGCCCAAAAAUAUCUCAGUAGCAAAGGAGAAGGUGAAACUUGUGCCACUGAAGAAAGUGCCUGUAACUCCAAAAGAAAAAGUCAAACCAGCGCCACCAAAAAAAGAAGCUGAGGUUCUGAAGGAGAAGAAGGCCGAGCCAGUGACUCCCAAAAAAGCACCUGUUAUCAAAGCAAAACCUAAAGCUGCUGUGAAGAAGAAAGAAGCUGAGGUUCCCAAAGAGAAGAAGGUCGAGCCAGUGACUCCUAAAAAAGCACCUGUUAUCAAAGCAAAACCUAAAGCUGCUGUAAAGAAGAAAGAAGCUGAGGUUCCUAAGGAGAAGAAGGCCGAGCCAGUGACUCCACCAAAAGAACCUGAAGCCAAGCCAGUUCUUGCCAAAAAAGCGCCUGAGGUUACCAAGGAGAAGCCAAAACCAGCUCAUGAAAAGAAAGAACUGGAGAUUCCUAAAGAAAAGGAAAAGCUUGCUGCAGUGAAAAAAGCCAUUUCUAAGGAAAAGACCAAACCAGUCCGUGUGAAGAAAGAGCCUGAGGUCUUAAAAGAAAAGGUCAAACCCACUGCAGCAAAGAAAGAAAAACCAGUUGAGAAGAAGGCCGCGAAAGAAGAGAAAACUAAAGAGGACAGAGUUCUUAAAGAGAUACAGGAGACAGCAAAGAAAGAAAGACCUGCUGAGAAGAAAGUUGACAAGGAGGAGAAAGUCAAAGCAGAGCCAUCUGUAUCAGACAGCUUUCAAAUGGAAGAAGAGCUGCCCUACUUCCAGUGUUUCUUUGUGGACGAGGACGAGGCCCAGUUUCCUUUCUACGCCUUCUCGCCGCUGCAGAUUUGAAGCUUCAGUCUAAAUCCAGUCUGAGGUUUACAAUUUAGUCAAUUUCACUGAUAACGACAAGGUCGCAUCACGGCCCAGUGCUGCUGAAACGCAGCCUACUGUUCACUGCUGGUCCUCAGGAGAAAACCCUGGACAGCAGAGGAUGAUGGGUGAUUUCAUGUGAUGGACCGAUUUGAUUUUGGUUGAGCUCUCGUUCCAAAUACAUGCAGCCAGUGUCAUUCCUUUCCAUUGUUUUUAUUUAUGUAUUUUUUUGUGUUUGGUUGUUUUGAAUGGUGGAUAUUGUGAGAGUGAUGGAACAGUGAAGUAUGUUACCUCUGUGGAUCACACAUUUAGAUCCUCACACUAACACAUGCAAAUAAAUAUGACAGUGAUUUUUCUUUUUUCUUCACGAAGGAACAUUUUGUAAACAGGGUACAAAAACAGCCACAAAAGCAGAUUCAAGGCGGACGAGGGUUCAGUCCCCACAUUUACUUGAAAAGUGGCUUGUACAUUACAUAAACUGAAAUGAAUUUUUCUGCACCGUCGUCUGUGCAAUUUUAGCUUUUUCCUUUUUAUUAUUUUAUGCUCAACUUAUCUUGUUUUUAAAGCCCUCGAAUCAACAAUUGGGCAUUUAUAGUUUGUACGUAAUUCCAUAAUUCUUGAUAUUAUUUCAGUCAUUUCAAUGAAUUUUUUUCUUGUUCUGUGUAUGUCUGUCAAAAGGAAUGACCACGUACUGUACACGAGAGCUCCCAAACAUACGGAUAAAACCUGUAAAGUCUUAUUAAACUACCUACAUGUGUACCAGCUCUUCAUUUUGACACUGGUGCUAAAUUGUCAGAAUGAGUUUUGAGUAGCAGAUUGACUCAAUAAUUGGACAACAUGUUGGAGAAGUCUUUCUCCAGCUGCUCAGUCUGUUCCAAUUUGAUGCCACCUGAGUUAGCUGAUGAGAGGGCGGGUGUUUUUUUGCACUGUCAUCAAACAAGCUGGAACAUUAAGAGCAGGGCACAUGAGAUGGAUUUCUUUUUGUCAGUCAAAGAGGGAUGUGGAGAACAGCGAUUCCUUGAUAGACCAAAAACACACUGUCACUACCUUUGGUCGGUGUGCACAGCUCAGAAACAUGUUUUAUUUUAGCACAUUUUAUUGUGAACGGGUCGUCACGCGAAAAUCGUUCCAAGUUAAAAGUCUAUUUUAUGUUUUUAACACGUCUAACAUCUCACAUUUUACAUCCCAUUAACUGUGCUAAAACAAACAGGAGUCAUGUUAUAGUAUGAACAUCCUGUGCAUGUGGUGUGCAGUAUGGGUGAUGAUUUCAGAUUGAUUUCAAUUGUUUGAAAUCUCUGAAGAAUGACAGGCGAUGAGGACAAGAGAGCUGCAAGAAUCAGCUCGUCUGCAGGUUUAUUUAACAGCCUGAGUGUGGUUGUUAAUGUGGUUAUGUUGCAGUUAAGUGUAACGUUGAAAUGAACUUUCAUAAUCUCUGCACCGUGCGCAGAUGGCGUCACGUUUAGGCAGAUGAUCUCAGAUGUAAACUGGUGCAUUAUUUCUCAGCGUGUACCAGCUGUUGUUUACAUAUGGCUCUUUACAUUGCGCUCCAUAUGCUGCUUAGAGGACAGUUAUUACAGCUUGUGGCACUAAUCCUGAGUUUAAUCUAAAGUAAAUCCACUUAUCUUUUUUUUAUUAGAAUAAUAGAGACACUCUAUCAGUCCAUAGAUGGUGCAUCAGACCCAAAACUGCUCAGGCUCCAGUAGCUGUACUGUGACAGCCGCAGUUUUAUGGUGACGCUCCACUAUCCCUGAUGUUUUGUUCCCAUUGUCUUUUUGGACUUUAGUAAAGAAGACAUUUUGAUUCAUGGUGACAAAAGAUGAGAAUUUGCUUCAGUCGAAUUUACAGAAUCACAUCUAGAGACUCACUUGAACCACGUAAAGGUGCAAUACGUACAUUUUUAAAUAUCUCAGUGAUCACAGCACUGUAUGUUUGUCUCAUAGUCCUUGAAUGAAAUGUGCAUGAUGUGUGUUUUUGUUUUAAGCUCACAAAUGUUUUUUAAUAUUUUUUUCCCCAACUUUGAGAAUGGCAACACUCAAUACUUGAACUUACGAAUCAUUUGAUACCAAUAACAGACACUUGUCUCCAAGUGUUGUCUCUAACAAGUACCUAACGAGUCAUACUAAUCAAUAAUCUCAUUGUAAAUAGUUAAAUAAAUAGAAGUUUUAUCCCCCUCUCAUUACUACUGAAACUGCUCUUUAAUAGCAGUUAAAACCACAUUAUGUAUUAUUUGUCACUUACAUCUUCCUCAUGCUUGUGAAUAGUAGCAAUUUGACAUUAAAACACAGCAAUGCAAGAG